AACCCAAUGGGCGCCUCUUAUCGGCAGUCCUCCGAGUGGCAUGUUCAGCGUUACACACACUCGGCAGGUCGGACAUCGCCCGUUGCUUGACUGCCUUCUUAACGAUGAUAGACUGCUUUUUCUGGUCGCAGGGUUGAUGGCUUGCUCUCUUUUUUAUGCUGGAAACUCGAUAAGAUGACUCUGUGGUAUUCGGUUGGCGUUGCUCUUUUUGCCGCAAUUGGCACGUUUCUAUUCGGCUUUGAUACGGGUAUUGCGACGACGACAAUCGCCCAUGAAAGCUGGAUCGAUUAUAUGGGCCACCCCUCAGAGGGGCUCACCGGUGCUGUCGUCGCUGUUUACAUUGCCGGUGAGGCAGUCGGUGCCUUCACUCAGACGUUUAUCGGAGACAAACUAGGCCGUCUUCGAUUUAUGGAGAUGAUGUGUAUUAUUGUCACAAUUGGGACUGUCAUUCAAACAGCGUCGGUCAACAUUGGGAUGUUCCUUGCGGGUCGUGCCCUGGCCGGAUAUGCUGUUGGAGGACUAGUUGGCACCGUACCCAUCUACCUAAGCGAAAUCUCAGAUCCUCGCUAUCGGGGUCUGAUCGGAGGGAUAUCAGGCUGCGGUAUCUCCUUUGGAACCAUGGCAUCAAAUUGGGUCGGAUAUGCAUGUAGCUACGCCUCAUACGGACCGGUACAAUGGAGAUUGCCUUUGGGGAUUCAGAUCCCGUGGGGUAUCAUCAUGUUCUUUGGCCUGCUCAUCUUCAUGCCUGAUUCUCCUCGCCAUCUCAUUCGAAGCGGCAAGGUCGAGCAAGCGCGCAGCGAGUUCAGCAGGAUACGACGGGAUUUGCAUUCGCAUGAGGUGAACGAGGAGUUUAUGCUCAUGCGUACGCAGAUCGAGUACGAAAUGGAACGAGAGAUUACUUCGUACCGGGAGAUCUUCAAGCUUUUCAGACACCGUGUGCUCGUAUCGAUUGCUGUUCAAACAAUGACAAGUCUUACUGGUGUGAAUGUGAUUCAGUACUAUCAGACAAUUCUAUACAAAUCAUUAGGCAUCGGCUCGCACUCCAUUCUUGCCUUGGCCGCCGUAUACGGCACCGUGGCCUUCAUCAUCAACUGCGCGACAACAAAAUACCUUACUGAUCAGUGGGGUCGACGAAAAAUGUUAAUCUCCGGUCUCGCGGGGAUUAUCCUUAUCGAGAUCUAUGCUGCUGUCAUGCAACGAGAAUUCCAGAACACCGACAACCGCGUCGGAAAGGGGUUUGCUAUUCUUGGAAUUUAUCUAUUCGUGGUUGCCUACUAUGGUAUGCUUAACAGUACGACCUGGCUAUACGGCGCUGAGGUUCUACCUAUUGCCCUUCGAAGUAAGGUGAUGGGCUUAGCAGCGGCGUCUCAUUUCAUCGUCAACGUCGCUGUCACCGAAGCCGGCCCAAGUGCGUUUGCCAACAUCCACGAAAACUACUACUACGUCUUCGUGGUGUGUUCCUGCUUCUUCCUGGCCGUUGCCUAUCUCUACUUCCCUGAAACUAAACAGAAGACACUGGAGGAAAUCGCCGCUGCAUUCGGCGACAGGGUCAUCGCGCCCGAUAAUGUCGCCAAAAUGGGUUCGCAGCAUGUAGAGGUCGCUGGAUCAGUGAGAGACACUGACUAACCAACGCGAUUUUGGUCGAUUUGUUUUUUCAUUGACGUACUGGCCUUUCAUGUCUGGUGGCAUGUUGUUUCCAAUGAUCACGAAUUCAGAAUUUCUUCAUUUCAGACCAGUACUUGGUGAGGCUUUUCAAAACCGGAUCAUAUUUCAGAUCGGGCUCGAAGCCAUUCUUGUGCUCGUGUAUUCCACACCCAAACGGUGCAGUAGAGUGCAGCAUGUAGUAAGGGUU